UUGCAGGUUUUUGUAGUCACCAACAAGUAUACGGAGAGAUGGACUAUUUUCCUGAAAUUAAACAGAUAAUUGACUCACCUUUCACCUAUGACACCCGAGAUGGGCAAUGUGCCGUCUGUCCCUCUUUCCUCCAGGCAGCCAGGCCAUGACUCCGUUCAGCGCGAGUUCACAUUAACAGCGAUUUGAAGCUCCGUCUGAUACUCUGAUUCACGUCCCGGCGGCUCGGAAUCUCUCUGUUCGUCCGUCUGAUUCACGCCCCGGCGGCUCGGAAAUCUCUGUUUGUCCAAAACCUCCAGUAUCGCCUCUCGGAAUCCCGGAUGUAAACGCACUAAUACGAGCACAUACACGCGCAUGUUUUGUGGGUUUGUGCAGUGUUGUGGCGUGCUGUAAAAUGCGCCAAUGCCUCAGUUUAGACAACCGGGGUACGGCAAUGGCGGUGGAGGAUUCUCUCGAAACGGAGCCUCGUCGGAUCACGUACCGAUUGUGAUACGGCCUUCUGCGCACAAGCAGCAGCAGCUAUCGCGGCAUGCUCAUAUCCGUAGGUUGAAGGGGCGGCAGAUCUCGAUUGGCUGUCUCGUCGUCAUCCUCACUGUCGCUUUUACCGUUUCCGUUAUUGCAUUUCUCUAUAUCACUUCGCAAAGUAAAGACUUUGAUCAAAGUCAUUCUCAGGAUGACACUAAUGAAGAUAACAUGGAUUUUCUUACGAAUGUGACACGAACAAAAGGACACAAGGUUCACUUUGGACAUGGAUCAUUUAAACUUGGCAGAGAUUCCCAGGAUUGGGACAAGGAUGACAGAAGAAGAGACAAUGAUUACAGUGAGGAGGAGUUGGAACGGAACCGUAAUGCCACUCUGGAUAUGUCCCAAUCUCCUCCCAGGGGAAAGAAGGGUGAUGAGAAGAAGUCUUCAAGUUCUGAAUCUGUUAUUGGUUUGGAUCGUAGAAGGGAAGGCUUAUACAAUGAAGCUGGACGUGAUGAACUAAAAGUGUAUGAAGCUGAGUAUCAGGCUUCGUUAAACAGUAUAGAUCAAUCCCACGAAGGAAACAACUCGAAGAACCACCCAUCUGAUAUUACAGAUAAUGGAAAGAAGAGUGAGAUAGCAGGCUUUGAUCGCGCCGAUACAAACACAGAAGGAUAUGAUGAGUAUGUCCAUGAAGAUGAGGACUAUUCUACUGCUGUUACCAUGAAUAAAACACAUUCUUUUGAUAAACAUGAUGAUGGGAUCAACAAUAAAAAUGCCGAAGAUGCUGGAAAAGUUUCUAGUGCUUUGUUUAAUGAUGAGUCCUUUUUGAAGUCUCGGUAUUUUAAAGGUUCCACAAAUUCAAUACACGACAGUCAAUCUGCAAGAACUGCAUCUGAAAAACAACCAGUUUCAAGGAAGAGGUCAAAGAAACGUCCUUGCGAGAUGAAACUGUUAAAUUCUUCUGCACUGCUCGUAGAACCUUUAGAAAGUCGAAAGUUUGUAAGAUUUUCUUUACAGUACACUGAAAGUGAGGAAAAGUCUGCUGAAGAUGACAAAUGGGAGCCAAGAUUCGCUGGGCAUCAGACUAUGGAAGAAAGGGAAAAAUCUUUUGUUGCACACAAUCAAAAGAUCAACUGUGGUUUUGUCAAAGCCCCUGCAGGAGCUACAUCUACAGGCUUUGACUUGGCUGAAGACGAUGCAAAAUACAUAAGCAGCUGCCACAUUGCUGUCAUAUCGUGUAUAUUUGGAAACUCAGAUCGGUUAAGGAUGCCUGCUGGCAAAACGAUCUCUCGAACAUCCAGGAAAAAUGUUUGCUUUGUUAUGUUUGUGGAUGAAGCUACGUUAAAAGCUUUCUCAUCAGAAGGGCGUAUGCUGGAUAGCAUGGGUUUCAUUGGGUUAUGGAAAAUUGUGGUUGUGAAAAAUUUGCCCUACACGGAUAUGCGGAGAGUGGGAAAGAUACCAAAACUCUUACCACAUAGGCUUUUUACUUCAGCCAGGUAUUCAAUUUGGUUAGAUAGCAAGCUAAGGCUACAGCUUGACCCCCUUUUGAUCUUGGAAUAUUUUCUUUGGCGGAAGGGGCAUGAAUAUGCUAUUUCCAAUCACUAUGAUCGGCACUGUGUUUGGGAGGAAGUUGCUCAAAACAAGAAACUAAACAAGUACAACCACAGUAUUAUUGAUCAACAAUUUGAGGUUUACAAGGCUGACGGACUUAAAAAGUUUGAUAUAUCCGAUCCUAACAGACUUCUUCCAAGCAAUGUACCUGAAGGAUCUUUCAUUAUAAGGGCUCAUACGCCAAUGUCCAACUUAUUUUCUUGCCUCUGGUUUAACGAGGUUGAUCGCUUUACCCCUCGUGAUCAACUCAGUUUUGCAUAUACGUACUACAAGCUUAGAAGAAUGAACCCUGAGAAACCUUUCUAUCUCCACAUGUUCAAGGACUGUGAAAGGCGAAAGAUAGCUAAACUGUUUCGUCAUAGAUCCGAUGAGAGGAGGAAGAUCAUCUCCCAGCAUGAGAUGGAGUAGACUUUGGAAACAUACCAAGUUUUGGUGAAUAUUUGAUUGAUUGAUUCGAGCUGGUGUACAAAGACAUGCCCAGUCUGCCCCUAUUAAUUACCUGUAAUACCUUUUGUAUAGAGCCAAACCCAUUCCCAAAGAUAUGCAUUUCCGGAACAAUGGCUUUUUUACCAGCUCCCCCACUUUUAAAGAAGAUCAGCGUUGGAAGCUUGGAGCCCUCAUUAUGGCUCUUAAAGUUUCAAUUCGUUUGCCUUCAGCCUACCAGGUCAGGAGGAGGCACUCCAUAUCUCCCCCGUUUAUUUUUCUUACGUGUAAUUAAUUAAAAAUUUGUUAUAUCUUGUUAGUUGUUACAUUGUAUUUUUUCUUCACUCCGCAUAAACCCAGUGUCAAAUAGUGAUAGGCUGACUAUUCAAAGGUGAGGCGCAAAGUUAUUUGAGCUUUUGUUUGAUCAAUGAUCUGUAUUUACUGUGUGCUGAUGUCUCAGUUCUUUAUCUGUUUUACAAAAUGCAAAAUGCUGAAAAAUUCUUAUUCAUGAGGUUGUAAUCAAAC